ACAUCGACAUCUGGAAUGCUUCUGGUGCAAAUGGUUACGUAUCAGGUGGUAUAAUGUACGCCAAUGGCCAGAUUACCGUACCAGUGGCGGGUAUCUACUUUGUGUACUGUCAGGUGUACUACACCCAACCUAACAAAGCAGGUAGACAUGGGAUAAUCGUAAAUAACCGACAAGUUGCCUUGGCUGGCACAUCGGGUAUUCCAACAAGUGGUACCUAUUACACUGGACUGUCCUUGAAACUGAACAAAGGAGACAAAAUAUCCUGCAGACUUGCGUAUGACAGCAAUCUGUGGUCAGGAAUGGAGCACACGUUCCUUGGAGCAUUUCUGCAAUAACCUUGCAAUGAAAGUCAUACCGGCUCAAAGACAAAGAUGAAUGAAAAGAAUUGCUAGGUUAAAACGAAUCUAAAAGAUAAUUUAUAAUUGUUAAUUAAGUCUAUCCUAAUCAACGUAUCAAUUGUUAUUAUAAAUAAUGAAUGUAAUCCCUAAAUUAAUAAAUAUCGAGACUGAUUUUG